AAGUGAGACAGGUAAGCACGGGCAAAACUACAAACCUGAAAAUGAUGCUUCUGUGAAGGCUACCCAACAUCUUUACAUAGCAAGAGGACAUGGCCGACACCAGAUCACACAAACCAACUGCAGGUGGUGGUCCUCUUCCAGAAUUGAGGAUUGUGCUAUUGGGGAACAAAACAGCUGACAAGACGUCAGCAGGAAACAUCAUCCUGGGCAGAGCAGCAUUUGACCCAAAUCUGAGAACGCUGCAGUGUGUGAAGAGACAAGGAGAAGUAGCAGGCAGACAGGUCACUGUGGUGGACACCCCAGGAUGGACAGACCAUGAUCUUUAUCAUCAAAAUGACUCGUCCAACUUCAUUAAACAAGAAAUUGUGCUCAGUGUGAUGCUGUGUCCUCCUGGACCUCAUGCGGUUCUUUUGGUCAUACAUGAAGACAUGAAAUUCAAAGGAGAAGAAAGAGAAGCCACAUUAAACCACCUACAUCUUUUGGGAAAUCACGCUUUGAAACACUCUCUUGUCCUCUUUAUACGUGAGACUCCUACAGAGGAGGAGAUUUUAGUGGGUGAUGGCAAUAUUGAGAGCCUGGUAGAGAGAUGUGACAAAAGGUACCAUGUCCUUGACAUUAAGAACAAGGAUGACCUACAAGUCCAAGUGCUGUUGGAGAAGAUUGAGGAAAUUGUUUUGGAAAACAACGGCCAUCACUAUGAGGUGGAAUCAAAAACAAUACUGGAAAAUGAAAAGAAGCGAAUGUCAGCAAAUAAGAGGGCAGAGCAGAGAAAAGGACAAAAACAGAAAAACAGAACGUGGUCCAGGUCAUGGUCAAUGAAAGGUUUCAAAUUCCACUCCGAAGUUAGGGCUGUGCUGUUGGGAUGUAAAGGUUCUGGGAAGAGUUCAUCUGGAAACACCAUCCUGGGCAAAGAGGAGUUUCAACCUGGACAGAGAUCUGCUGUCUGUGUGAAGAGACAGGGAGAGGUAGCAGGGACGAAGGUCACUCUGGUAGAGGCUCCUGGAUGGUACAGCUAUAAAGCAUCCAGGUCCAGCUCUGAGAUGAUCAGAAAGGAAAUUGUUCUCUCCCAAAGCCUAUGUGAUGAAAGUCCACACUGCAUUCUUAUUGUGAUACGUGCCGGAGCUGCUUUUACUAGCAGGCAAGAGAUGUCAAUGCAUCAGCAUGUGAGUCUUCUUGGAGAGGGAGUCUGGAGUCACACAAUUGUCCUCUUCACCCAUGGAGACUGGCUGGUAGACACAAGCAUCGAACAACACAUUGAAUGUGAGACACACCUGAAAUCUCUCAUUGAAAGGUGCAGUAAUCGAUAUCAUGUCCUCAACAAUUACAGUAAGGACCAAGUUCAAGUCAGUGAGCUGUUGAAGAAAAUAGUUGAAAUUACAGCUGGAAACUCUAGUGAGAACUGGCAAAUGGACAAGAAAAAAAUACAGGAAGUGUCAGACUGGAAGAGACAAAUGGAAGACAGAGCAGAGAAGCGACUGCAAAAAGUCAAAAGCCGAUAUCAAGGGCUUUCAUCUGGACUGAAACAGCUGCCAUCAAUGGGGAUGGUACUCCUGGGAACAAAGUUCCAUGGAAGGACUUCAGCAGGAAAUACCAUUCUGGGUGAACACAAGUUUGACAUGAUAAGAACAGCUGAGUGCAUGAGGAGGCAGGGUGAUGUAGCAGGCAGACAGGUCACUGUAGUUGAUGUUCCAGGAUGGUGGCGUAAUAUUAACUUCAAUGAAUCGGCUGAGAUUAUCAAACAGGAGAUUGAAUUCAGUGUGACUCUGUGUCCUCCAGGACCACACGCUGUCCUGCUGGUUCUUUGUGUGGACCUGUGUUUUACUGAGGAAGACAGAAAGAUUGCUGAAGAACACAUGGAGGUUCUAGGUGACAAAGUGUGGAACCACGCCAUGAUGCUGUUCACCAAUGGAGACUGGCUGGGAGACACACCUGUUGAGCAGUACAUAGAGAGUGAAGGUGAACACCUGCAGUGGCUUGUUGAGAGAUGUGGGAACAGAUAUCACAUUUUUGACAAUGAACACUGGGGUGAUGGAACACAGGUUACAGAGCUGCUGAAGAAGAUUGAAGUGAUGGUAGCAGAAAAUGGAGGGUGUACCUUUGAGGUUGAUGAGAAAUGGGCCCGAGAUAUGGAGGAGAAGAGGAAUCAUGCCUGCAAGAGAGUGGAAGACUUCAUGGUUAAAGUUAACAAACAGGAUCAGAUGUUCAAGAUGUUCAUAGGCAAGUCAAUGGAGAUGCACAGCCUCUCUCAGAGAUAA